AAAAGAAAAAACUUUGUGAAUCAAAGCUGUCAAUGCAGUAAUCUUUCUUAAUAAACACACAAAAAUGAGACCCUCCAAAUAUACGUCACUUCCCCUAUACCCCUCUAUUACGCAUCCCCUUUUGGAGUUUAUUGUGGCAACAUUUGGGUAGGAGUUGUGGCGGCUGCCCCAUCAAUUACAGCCGUACACGAGCCAUGGAACGUAAAGCAACUGCACCUCCGCGGCGAGUAAUGGUGGUGGCAGAUCCAACCCGGGAAUCAGCGGGUGCACUCCAAUAUGCGCUUUCUCAUGCAGUUCUUGAACACGAUGAAUUGAUCCUUUUCUUUGUUGAGAACCAAAAUACCUGGCGAAACACAUUCACGACGUUACUCAAAAUACCUAGCAUCGCCUCCGCGGCCAUCGCUACAAUGUCCUUUGAAGGAACCUUAGAGGAGGACGUGGAUUUUCUUGAAGAAAUGAAGAAUGUAUGCGAACGUGUACAACCAAAACUGCGUGUGCGUGUGGAGAGGGUGGCAAUGGAGGAAGGCAGAGACAAAGCAAACACUAUUCUACAUCAAAGCGAUGUUCUUGGGGUUGAUAUCAUAGUUAUAGGGCAACGAAGGAAAAUUUCGAUGGAUAUUUUAGGAUCAUAUACGUGGCCUGGAGGGCGAGGGGUAAAGGCGAUAGACACAGCGGACUACUUGAUCGAAAAUAGCAAACGAACUUGUGUUGCAGUACAAAAAAAGGGGUUAGAUGGAGGCUACCUUCUCAACUCAAGAACCCUAAAGAAUUUCUGGCUUCUGGCUUAACCUCGCUGGAUCAAAUGAGCAUCUUAACCUGGCCGGGAUCAUGGUUAAUUAGUAAUUCAUCAUGUUUAAUUUCUCUUGGUUAAGGAGUGAAUUCCAUUUGUACAAGUCCACCGAUUUGGAAAUGCUGCUGCCUCUGGGAGAACCUUGGACGUAUAUUUGGAAAUGCUGCUGCCUCUGGGGACAUAUUUGACAAUGCUAGGUCACAAUUACAAACUGUACAAAGUAACCUCCUUGUUAAUUCAAAUGUGAAGCACACAUUUUCAGAA